AUGAAAGAGGUCUUCUAUGGUGGCGACAUCCUAACUAUGGAAGAUGAUGUUCAAGUUGAAGCUGUACUAGUUACCGAUGGCUACGUAGAAGCAGUAGGUACAAAAAAGGAAAUUUUUGCUUUAGCUGACUCAAAAACGAAAUUUACAGAUUUAAGAGGAAAAUGCCUCAUGCCAGCAUUUAUUGAUCCACAUAGCCAUAUUGUUGCAUAUACAAAGGUUCUUGGUAGAGCCAGACUUGAUGAAUGUUGUUCAUUUGAUGAUAUAUGUGAUGAGAUUAAAAGAAUUAUGCGUAGUAAGCCAGUUACAAAAGAUACCUGGGUGGUCGGUACAAACUACGAUGAAAAGCUUUUGAUUGAAAAGACACACCCACCGAAAUAUGUUAUCGAUUCAGUAUGUCCUUGCAAUCCAUGUGUUAUUGUACAUAAAAACAGAAAGACAGGCAUUAUCAAUAGUUUUGCUAUCAGAAAUCUUGGAUUUGACCUGUUAAAUCCUCAAUUACCAAAUGCUGAUGGCAUUUAUCUUCAAAGGGAUCCAAAUACAGGCGAAUUUACUGGAUGGAUUGAUGGUGAAGUUUUCGAAAAACUCUCUCCACGUUGGAGAGCUCUUACCGAUGAUGAAAUUGAACGUCAAUUAAGAAUGUCCCAGAAUUCUUAUAUCCAAAAUGGAUUUACAAUUGUUCAAGAAGGUCUCUGCUUCAAGAAGGACUUAAUUAUUCUCCAAGAUCUUGAGAGAAAAGGCCUCCUUAAACUAGAUAUCUACUGUUACAUCGAUAUGGUCAGAGAUGCAGACUAUCCACUUACAGUACGUGAAAGAGAUUACGAACAUCUCCAUCUUUCCGGCUACAAACUGAUUCUCGAUGGUGGUCCACAGCAAAGAACAGCUUGGGUUUCAAAACCAUACAAGACAGACCCAGGAAACUGCGGUACACACACUUAUUCAGAUGAACAACUCAUCAAAUUGUUCACACAAGCAAAAGAAAACCAUUUACAGAUGAUUGCCCACGCAAAUGGAGAUCUCGCCUGCGAACAGUUCGUAAAUACCGUAGAAAAGGUUUACGGACCAAGCAACAAGAACUACAGACCAGUACUUAUUCAUGCACAGCUUGUAACAAACGAUCAACUUGUUCGCUGCGCAAGGAUGGGUAUUGUCGUAUCAUUCUAUAAUACAAACGCAUACAACUGGGGUGAUAUCCAUAUUAGAAACCUCGGUGAGCUCGCUUAUAGAUGUUCUCCAGCUAAAUCUGCUUUAGAUCUUGGAGUUACCUUCAAUUUCCACCAGGAUACACCAGCUUUCCCUUGCGACAUGAUUACAUCGAUCUACUACGCUGUAAACAGAUUAACUAAGUCUGGACAGCCAAUGGGACUUGAUGAGAGAAUCCCGAUCUUGGAAGCACUCAAGGCCUGCACAAUAUACGCUGCUAAGACGUACUUCAUCGAAGAUAAGGUUGGUUCUAUCGCUGUUGGAAAGAGAGCUGACUUUAUCGUAUUAAACACAAAUCCUCUCACAAUGCCACCUGAAAACCUUAACAAGUUGAAGGUUAUAACAACCAUUAGAGAAGGUGAUGUAUUGUUCACUAAGGAUGCAGGAUCUCAGUCAAAUUGCUGCAAUUUAAUUUAA